ACAGAAAAUGAUUGAUAUCAAACGCUGCUAUUAUACCACGAUUCUUUCGCAGACCAUUUCCACCGAUGGCCGUUUUCUGUUCUGCGGCAGUAAUUUUGGAGAAAUAUUCGUGUACAGCAUCGAACGAAUCGUAACGAGCAACGAGAAUGGAACAACGGAGCUGGACAAAUUGCCUACGACGCCGGUACAGGUUUUUUCGGUGUCGGACCGAUGCUCCAUCAAUAGUUUGUCGUUUCACAAGGACUUCCUCAUCGUCGGGCUGAAUGGAGAAAUCUGGGGCUACCAGUGGUCCAGCAAAUCCGCUUCCAUUGGCAAGAAAGUAUGGGUCGUGAAACUGCCGGCACCUCCCGAAAGCGCCGACAUGAGCGAAGUGAACUACCUGUGGCUGAACCAAGCGGAAGAAAUACUUUACGCCGGCUGUGGCGACAAUAUCAUGUAUGGAAUAUCGCUGGAGGACGGCAAGGUUUGUCGAGAUUUUCGCGGCCAUAAGGACUACAUUCACUGUGUAACGGGUUGUGGCUCUAAACUAGCGACUGCAUCGGAGGACGGCUCGGUGAUGCUAUGGGACUGUCGGCAAAAGAAACACACGGCUAAGCUUGAACCACACACAAAGCCUCUGCUGCAGCGCCCCGAAUUCGGUCGCUGGCAGGGCACGGUGUCCCUGACGGACGAUUGGUUUGUAUGCGGUGGAGGUCCACGGUUUUCGCUUUGGCACCUGCGUUCUCUCGAAUGUACGGCCGAUUUUGAUUUUCCCGAACGUGUUCACGUGUCCGGCUUCAUUGACGAUCUGAUCUACGCGGGCGGUGACGGGUCCAAGUUUUAUCAGUACAAUUUCAACGGCGACGUUACUGCGGAAGUACCGGUGUCCGGUCCCUCGGCGUACAGUGUGGCACUGCAAACGGAACCGUACAAGUUCCUAGCGAUCGCCGGUUCGUCUGCACAGAUCGACGUGUGCACCAACUUUACCUAUCGAGACAUCAUACUGAAUACGUACAAAAAGUGAACCAUAAACAGACGCAUGAAUAGCUCAAGAGCAUUUAUUACAAUCGCUUGAUGUCACAACACAAGACAAAAUAAAAAAAUCGCAACAAAUGCAGCGGGA